AUGGGCGGGAACCCGGGGAACCCCGGUGCUGAUCCCAUAGGAGCUGUCUCGCGUCUCCUCCUGCCACCAGCUCCCCGCGCGCCUGAACCCAGUUCCAGAACCAGCGAGUGCGGGCGCGGCCUUGGGAGCGGCGGGCGGGACCGACCCAGCGCCACCGCCCGCCGCCGCCCAGGCUCUCGCCCCGUCCCCUUCGUGUCCCCGCCCCUCCCCCUCGGUCCGCGCUCCCGCCCCCGGGCCUGGUCGGCGGCGGCCGCGGGCGGUCCAUGGCUGGACCGCGGCGGGGACAGCGGCAGCAUGCGGCUCCUGUUCGUGGCGGUGCUGCGGCGGCACACAGGCAACGCCGUCACGGCGGAGCGCAUCCGGGACCAUCUAGAAGCUGCCGGCCACGUAUGUCUUCUGAAAGAUGCCUGUGACCUGGAAAGCUCAUCUGAAAUUGCCCGCCUCAUCGAGGCCGAGAACUUGGAGGCAGCACUGGCUCUUCAUCUGUAUAGAGGAGGCCGACUCCUGCGAGGUCAUGGAAUCCCAUUUGGAAUCAUCUUUGGUGGAACUGAUUUAAAUGAAGAUGUUAACCACAGAGAAAAAAACGAAGUGAUGGGAAAGGUCCUCGAAGAAGCCAGAUUUGCUGUCGCUUUCACAGAGUCAAUGAAGGAAACGGCGCAGACACAGUGGCCGCAUGCCAGGGGGAAGAUCUACGUCCAGAGUCAAGGAGUCGUGACCGUACCAAACGCUGCCUUCAGCUGGGACACCUUCCUCCGCCGCUCAGGGAUUAACCAAAGUGCUGAUAACUUACACAUCUUUCUCCUGGUGUGUGGCCUUAGACAAGUUAAGGACCCUCUUUACUUGGUGGAUGUGUUCUCAGAAUGGCAUCGUGAAGAGCCUAACGUCUACUUGGUGAUCGCAGGCCCUGAAGUCGACCCAGUGUUCACGAGAGAAGUGAAGGCCAGAGUAAAGAGGACAGCCGGGGUGCGGCUGCUUGGAGAGAUGCCCCAGGAGGACCUGCACGCGGCCCUGAAGAACUGCUUCGCGGUGGUGAACAGCUCCAUGUCUGAGGGCAUGUCCGCUGCCAUCCUGGAGGCCAUGGACCUGGAAGUGCCGGUGCUGGCCCGGAACAUCCCUGGGAACGCAGCGGUGGUGAAGCAUGAGGUCACAGGCCUGCUGUUCUCAGACCCUCAGGAGUUUGCUCAGCUGGCGAAGAGACUGGUUCGUGAUCCCGCGCUAGAAAAAGAAAUUGUGGCCAACGGAAGGGAGUAUGUGAGGUGCUAUCACUCGUGGCAGGCCGAGAGACGCGCCUACCAGCACCUCGUCCGGACCCUGGAGGGGGGCGUCGGGGAGUGAGGGCGCCGCCCACGGCCACACCAUCAGUGCCCAGGCCUGGGUGCGUACCAGAGACGGAGUCCGGGCCGCAGCUCCAGUCCGGUCCACGUCAAGACAGUUCAGUGGAACCAUCAAGAAACAGUGCCAGUUACAAGACAGACCCUCACCCAAAACCUGUCUGGGCUUCCGGAGGCCAUCACGGACGUGUCUAGCACACUAGGUCCCUGCAGUAGGGGGCCGGGCAGGGGGAGGCAGGGAGAGGGCAUCAGCCGCUACGGGACUCAGGGCCAAGCGCCGCCGCACAGACCCCCCCCACCCCCGCACCUUCUGAAGCCCUGUAACUCACUGUGCAAAGCCAGCGGCCAAAAUCCGAGUGUGCACAGAAUAAAGCGUGUCGCCCUCCGCCCCGGA